CGGAGAGAAGGUGGGAUUGAAAUUUUGAAACUCACUUUGGAAUUCAUUUACCCUACGCCGCCGAUGGCGUGCAGGUCGGUGUUCGAUGCUUCCGCCGUAAAAUCCGAUUUCGAGAGCGCCGGAAUAAGCCCUAAUUUCGUCCCUCUUGUCUGGAAGCACGUCUUGAAGAAUCCUAAUUGUCGGUGGGAUGAAAUUCCUUCUCUUCCGUCCGCUGCUUAUGCUCUCCUCAAUUCCAAAUUCAUGCCCUGCACCUCAACUCUACAUUCCGCUGUGGAUUCUUCCGACCAGGUCACCACGAAGCUCCUCAUCAAAUUAAAGAAUGGAGAAUUCGUGGAGGCCGUGGUGAUGAGAUAUGAUACUCGAUUGGGUAAAUAUGAUGGAAAGCCUCGUCCUGGUGGUCCUAGGGCAACCUUGUGCAUAUCAUCACAGGUUGGGUGCAAAAUGGGAUGCAACUUUUGUGCAACAGGUAGCAUGGGAUUCAAGAGCAAUCUUUCCUCGGGAGAAAUUCUGGAACAAUUGGUGCAUGCUUCUCAAAUUUCAGCUAUUCGAAAUGUUGUCUUUAUGGGAAUGGGAGAGCCACUAAAUAACUAUGCCGCAGUUGUUGAAGCUAUCAGAGUCAUGACAGCUCCCCCGUUUCAGCUAUCACCCAAGAAAAUAACUGUCUCAACAGUUGGCAUAAUUCAUGCUAUUAACAAGCUACACGGAGACAUGCCAAACUUGAAUCUAGCAGUAUCACUUCAUGCACCGGUACAAGACAUCCGGUGCCAGAUAAUGCCUGCAGCAAGGGCAUUUCCUUUGGAAAAACUAAUGAAUGCAUUGCAAAAAUAUCAAACUAUCAGUCAGCAGAAAAUAUUUAUUGAGUACAUAAUGCUUGAUGGUGUGAAUGAUGAGGAACAACACGCUCACCAGCUUGGGAAAUUGCUGGAGACAUUUGAUGUGGUUGUGAACUUGAUUCCUUUUAAUCCAAUCGGUUCUCUAAGUCCUUACAGAAGUAGCAAGGAUCAGAGAGUUGUGGAAUUCCAGAAAACACUUAGAGGAACCUACAACAUUCGAACAACAGUUCGAAAGCAAAUGGGCCAAGACAUAAGUGGCGCGUGUGGUCAGCUGGUAGUGAAGAGGUCAUCUAAGACUGCCAAUCUCAUAACUGAUAUUGAAGAUCUUCAUAUUUGAUGUUACUUACAGGUUGGUCCAUUUAGUUCACUAAACUAGAUUCAAUAAUCAUAUUUACAACAAAUAUAUCAUUACAGCACGUUAAAAUUUAUUUCAGUGGUCAAAAGUCAUGCAUGCGCGUACAUCAUUUUAGGUUGUUAUGCACUUGCAUUGUUUUCCUUGUGAUCGAUAAAGCCUAGCAACAGUCUUUAGUCUAUAUGGAUGCAUAUUUGUCGCCCAAGUGACAAACAUGCAUAUGUAUACGUAUACAUACACAUGUUUGUAUAUAGAAAGAAAUGGUGAAAUGAUCACGUUUGUUUAUUGUAAUUUGAAAUUGACUUGAAAUGAAAUGUUGAUUUGAGUUUUUGUUU